AUGGAUAGGAUGAUUGAGGAAGUGGUAAGAAGGAAAUCACGCACACCCAGUGAAGAUCUGAAGGCGCUACUUAAACAGAAAACCUCCGAUGGGCCGAGGCCUGGAUCUGAUAUCGGCGUGGAAUACGAGUUUGUGAUCAAAGCUGAUCCUUCAAAGUUUCUAGAAUGCCCCAUUAUAGAGGUUGGGGAUGGCCACUACUUCUGCACCUUUGAUGGAAGAGAUCUGAUGUUUAAUCCUGAUCAAGUAUCUCCAUAUAUUUUUCUUCCAUUUUCUUUGCGUAGAGCCAUAUUUCAUAGAAGUGGAGAUAAAAUGUAUUUCAUAACUUUAGAUACAUCUAACAAACUUCAAUAUUCAUUGCUUGUUAAUGGGUAUCCCUCUGAAGAACGGCAUGUAAUUUCAAGAAAUGUGCAGCAAGUUACCAAACAAUCAAACAAGAUUUUCUAUGUUUCUACUAAGAACGAGCUUUCAUACAUAAACAUGGUUGUGGAGGAUAAUGGGGUUCUGAGGGGGCGAAUGUGUAUUUCUGGCAUAAAGUCGAGGGCUGAUAUUAGCAUGUUCUAUGCCAAUUCGGUUCUGUUUAUAAAUACUGAGCAUGUGUUCCGUGGAGAGGAUGGAAAGGAGUUACCUGUUCAAGGAGAUAUGAUGUGUGAGAUGGACGGGAAGAUCCUUGUUUUAGAUGGAAGAGAGGAAGAACUCUGCAUCUUUCUAUUAGAUGAAAAGCAUUGUGUAAUUAGCCAGCUAAAGCUUCCAACAGUAGGACGUGUGACUAAUUUGUUUCCAUUAGGCAGCAUUACUGGAAUAGUUGCCGGAAGGGCUCUGUAUUUGAUUAGCGAGCGCAGUGGAGAUCUAUUUGUAACAAAAGAGGUUGAUCUGGAGACACCUCCUCUGUCUAUAAGUCUUUAUUUGAAGGAAGAUGUUAUAAGAAUAUCGGAAAUAAUAGUAGAUGAAGAGAUCCUUUUAAAAGAGUUCGACUCUUCUACCUUAAAAGACAGUGUUGCUACAUCGAAUGACUCUAUGGAAAGAAAUGGAAACUUUAUAGAAAGUACUUCACCUGACGUAGGUAAUGUAAAAAUAGAAUCCAAGGAUGAGUGCAGUAUUAACUCUGAUAAAAAGUUUCCUCUGAUCGGCAGUUCUCUCUAUACAGAUUUGCUGUUAGGAGACCAUGAGGGGAAAGAGGAAUUUCACAGGACAACAGAAGAAAAAAAUGAUUUGCCUAAGGAAGAUCUCUCCAUGGAUAGUUUUAGUCCUUACAUACCGGACAAAAAUGAUUCUGGAGAAAUAAGGCUACUAGAUGAAAAGAUAAAUAUGGUGUUAAAAACCCUGAGAGAGAUUGGAGAGAGGGUGAACAAGAUUGAGAAGGACAACAGUGAACGCUUCAGGAGAUUAAUAGAAAUAUUUUCCAUGUAUGAUGAAUCUAAGAAGGGCCUAGGGGCACAUGGAUUCCUAGGAGAUGAAUUACAGAGGAUGAUUGAGACCUUGGGUAAUCUUGAAGCCCGGCUUAGAAGUGAAGCGUCUAACGAGUCUAAAAUUUUGGACUGCGUUAAGAAAAUCAUUCUCGGGACACUAGUUCCUGCAGUUGAAGCAGCUAUGGAUGAGAUCAGAAUCCAGAUGAUAAACGAGAUAAGGUUAAUUCACAAUGAAGAUCAUCUCAAGAAUGUCAAAAGAGCUGUAGAUGGACUUCAUACUUCCUUCAACAAGCAAAACGAAAUCAAAGGUCUUAUUUCUGAAGGGUUGAUUGAAGAGGCUGCCGAGAUUGCCAUCAAGGGAUCUGAGUCUAAUCUCGAAACAUUUGUCUCAAAUGUUGAGAUAUCCUGCCUAGAACAUCUUUCAUCUUCUAUACUUGUUGCUCUUCUCGAAAGAGUUCUGGUGAUAGCUAAGGAUGAUUUCAAGGCUAUCUAUCAAAACUUCACAUACAUGGUAAUGAUGUGCUUAGAGCCCAACGAUUUGAACGAUGAAGAAGUACAGAUAUUAGAGAUUCUGAUGGCAUAUAUUAAUAACAUUGAGGGGCUUACUCUAAGCGAUGUCAAGGGAUUACCGGUUAUUUUGGACUUUCAAAGACUUAAGUUGAAUAAGAUCAAGGAUAAAAGAGGGAUUAAGUAA